AUGCCAGACGACGAAGGGUUGUUUCAGAAGUCGUCUUCUCACGGACAUGACACUUCAAUUUAUGGUACAAAUCAAGAACAUUCCAAACAUGACGUAAGGGUUCAAACUUUUAUAUAAUGAAUCGCCAAAGGUCAUAUAUCAACUAUUACUGUAGGUCUCUAAUCGUUUUACAUUUUAAAAUCUAUGGUUACUUGAAAAGAUAUUACAGAUGUUAAAGUAUAUUUCUGAUUUUAGUCUAACUCGGAAGUAGAAACCGCAAUCUCAAGUAGUCUGACUAAACUAAAAGUCAACCGGACUUCGCCAGUGCCAGACUCUCUGCCGAAGCAUGGCUACAGUGAUCUCGAAGUUUCUAUGGAUAUUAUUGGGAAUACGAUAGAACCUUUGGAACUUGCCGGCAGAAUACCACGGUAUAAUCGAAUAAAGUUGUGUGGUUAUGUUGCUGUUACUGAAGUAAGCCUAUUUUAUGUCACUGAAAGUAAGGCUACGUUUGGUUAGAACUCAAAUAAGCAGAUAUUGUCGUUGAAACAUUAGUUAUUACCUUUUCAGACGAGAAAACGAGACAAAGGCCCAGGGUACCAAAAGAUGGCCGACAGACAGGUACCCAACCCUUUUAGAAGGUACGGUUCUCUAAAGACGCUUCAUGGCAUUGGAGGAUGGGUAACACCAAAAGGGACUGAUAAGAGACAUGAGUAUGUAAAGGUAGGUUAACAGCUGUUUUUACUUACUUGUUAUAUGUAUCUAUACACAUAUUAUUAUAUAUUAAUAAUUUAUGUUUGCUUUCACUAUGAUGUAUAAACCCAAUAAACUUAUACCUAAUCUGAUAAAGCAAUUUAGAUGGGCACGAAAGCUCCGAAAAGGCCGACUGGUCCAGAGUUUGGUUUACAUAAAGAAGUUCUCUUAAGUAAAGAUGUGGUAACGCUACCGGCAGUUAAGACCAACUCGAGUCAAGAAGCGAUCCUGGUCAUCGCCAAUCAGAUCAAAAAGAAAGUACCGACCUUCGAGACCGAGAUCAUAAAGAAAUGCAACGAAAAGCGGCAACCGCUUAAGGCCAACAACAAGAAGGAGUCGGCUUCCAGCAGUUCGAGCACUACUAACACCAAUAAGAGGACGUCACAUUGA